AUGGCCAAGUCGAAGCGCAACCACAAGUCAAAGAAGAAGGCGCAACGCACCUCGUGGACCCAGAGCCAAGCGAACCCCGACGCCCAGGAACAGCCGGCUCCUCUCCGUUCCAUCUUGAAGACCAGCUCCUCCGGCGACACCGCGCCGCCGCAGGCUUCCGGCUCGAAGAGCAAGAAGAAGCGCCAUGUCAAGUGGGACAAGAAGCACCAGUAUAUCCCGGCACCGCCCACCGGCGACUCCGGGGACGACUCGGGCGACGACCGCGGCGACGAGUCCGCCACCGCGUUCCGCAGCACCUCGACCGCGGUGCCAGUGAAACUCUCUGACCGGGUUGGGAGCGGCCGCCCGCUGACGCUGCGUGACCCGCCGCCCGUGAAGCUGACCGAGAUUCCGGACGAUGCGCGCGCGGCCUUGAACGUUCGCAACCUAGCUCUCCGCCCCGACGCAAAGCCACUCGAGCUCGGCUUGAAAAGCCUGCACGACUCCGGGUUCGAGUUCCUCGCCACUGACGCUGGGUACGAGGAGAUGAAGUAUCUGUACCCUGCUGUUCCGCCGUCCGACGUCGAGCUGGCCGACAUUGUGCUCCACGCCCCUGGCAGUAGGCAGCCGCCGAUUAUCGUCGGCUACAGGAGCUACAUGGAUGUUCUACGUGCGGAGGCUGGCAGCCUGCCAGUGUCGGAGCGCCGCGAACCGUUGAACGGAACGGCGUUCGGCUAUGCGUACGUGCUUCGUGCGGAAGCUGAAAAGCUCGACUUUCGCGAGGUCCGAUAUCAGUUCGUCGUUCGCCGCGACGCGAGCAUCAACGCGCAGCUCGAACUCCAUCACCAAGUCCUCCAGCACCUCCUGACCGAGGACGACUGGGUCAUGUUCAAGGGCUCGCUCUGCACCGGCGAGCUCUUGCCCAAGAGCUUUAAAGAGACCUGGGCCCAGCUGCUGGGCGAGGCAUUUGGAAAGUACCAGGCCGAAGUGUGGCAAGACCGCUCCGCGGACAAGUUGAAGCGCGGGGACCUGCCGUCGCCGGCUGAGCAUGCGGCCGCGAAGGCUGAGCUCGCUGCUCGGCAGUUGGCGGAGAGGAUGGCGAGGGAGUGGGCGGACAAGUCGAUCUUCGUGCCCUUCGACGUCCCGUGGGGCGCCAAGGGCAAGAAGAAGGAGGCUCAAAAGGGCGAGGACAAGGCGGCAGAGGCGUCAACCACGAGCAAUCACUCGUCGAAUGGAGACACCUCUCGCAGUGCGCAGGCGCGGCCCGGCUCAGCGUCCCCCGACUCGCUGCUCAGCACCAGCUAUGCCCAAUUCAACCGGCCAGACGAGGACGAGCUCCUCGAGGCCUUCUUCACGUGCGCACGGACGGCAGCGGCACUGAACCUGCCUGAUCCUCUGCCCGAGGGGGAUGAGCGCGCCGUCCAGGCCUUCGAAGACGGUUACAUCACGUACCAGGAGGAGCUUGCUGCCGGCAGUGCUGCGCAGGGUGACCUUGCCAUCUGGGGCGACUUUGACCCCCUCACGUUCUUCGAGUUCAUCGAGCUCAUUGAUGAGCGUAUGCUUUCUGUGCCCUCCCACCAGACUGGUUCUGCCCUCAACCCCAUCCCGGCUGCCGCCGAGGAGAAGACCCCACCCAUUCCCGAGGCUACCUCUGAGACUGUCCUAUCCAACCUUGGCCCUGUGGACCAGGUCCUGGACUCGGCCGACACCAGGGAUUCCGAGCCUCCCACCGAUCUCACGAUCAUUCCCGACGAUGUCACGGGCUCCAAGAAGACUUAUGACCGUGUACCUGCUGGGGUUGAGGACGCCUCAGGCGAGGUCGAGAAAGUUAACAAAGUUAACACCAAGGCGAGCGCCAUCCCAACCGAGAUGCAGGCGAUGUCGGCUAUUGCGGGAAUGAAGGACGGCGGUUCCAGCGUGAACGUGGCGUCCGUUGCCCCUGGCGAGGAGGCAAAUGCCACCGAGAAGGUCGCCGAGUCCUCAGUCACGGCUCCCCCCGCUUCCUCCACCCUUCCUCAUGGCCAGGUCAGGGGAUACAAGAACACCCACGGGCGUGUGACGACUGCUGUACCUGAGGGCGCCGAGGGCGAGAUCGAGAAGGUCGACAGCGUGGCGAGCGGUAGCACCAACCAAAUGCAGGCCGCCCCUGCUUCUGUUUCGCAGGCCCCGGCACUACACAGCGCGCCUAGCCCCUCACCACUCCAGCUACCUCCCAGUGUUCCGGUCACCGGCAUUGGCCUUCCCACGUACUUUGACGAUUACAUUCACCCUGUCUUUAAGUCUGUGCCCAAGCGGUCGGAACCGGCUCCCGCGACCACUUCUCGCCUUCAGCCGCUCGUCGACACCCAGCACAAGGCCGAUGGAAGCUCUGUCGGCGUCCCCAAGUCCAAUCCGGCCCACCCGUCCAAGCCCUCCCAGUCGACAUCAGCAGCAGCUCUCUCAACCCCGCCCGGCAAUGCUCCCUCCAAUGUUAUCCCCCCCGCUUCGGCCCAUCUUGUGAACGGCAUCACCACGCCAACUGAGACCCCAGGAGGGCUCACCCCCACCCAGACUCGCCACGAGGCUCCUAGAAGUGCUGUGGUCGCCCCCAAGCCCCGUCCGGCACCCCUGCUCAAGCUCACUCGGUCGACAUCGUCAGCAGCUGUCUCAACCCCGCCUGCCGACGCUCCCUCUGAUCCUAGUGCCCCCGCUUCAGCCCUGUUUGUCAACGGCAUCACCACGCCCACUGAGACCUCAGGAUUGCUCAGCCCCACCCAGAUUCGCAAUGCGCGAGAGAGGGAGUCCAAUGAGACGAGGAAGGUCGCACCGACUGAGAGUGCUGCUCAGGCCGAGGUCACUGCAGGGCCCAGUACUCCGGUGACAGGUUUCCCCAAUUAUACCAAGGGGGCUAAAGUGCAGUCUAUUAAGUCUGUUCUCCAUUCAAAGCCGGUAGAGAGGCGGAAAGCGCAGAAGAUUUUGGGCGACCGGCAGGCUAAAGAGAAGGCGUGGGACGAAGAGUACAAAAAGGUGCACGAUGAAGCUAUCCAGCUUGCAGGGGCCAAACUUUCAACCUUUGUCCAGAGGAUAUUCAAGGCAAACGGAGGACAAAUGCCUGCUCAAGAUGUGAUGCGUGAACAAAUGAACCUUGCCUUCAUGGAAUACAACGAGCACCUGAACAACUUUGAGAAGCAAAAGACGUGUCCCGUCCGCCGGCGGUUAGACAGGGCCGGCUUCGUGUUCGAGAUGCAGAAAGGCAAAUUCGCCACGAAAUUCCGUGAUCACAACAAAUGA